AGUUCUUGUCAACAAGAAGGGCCGACUGACACGAUGACGUCUUCCUGAACAAAACCUCCUUAAAAUGGCCCUUUUUUAACAUUAAAUCUUCUGAAUUUUAUCCAUUUUUAAAACCUUUAUUGAAGAAUAAUUUCCACGAUGACAGUCAGCCAGCACGUGUGUGCGCUCCUACUGUUCUCCAUAACAGCCUGCAGUCAUUUUGAACCUGCUUCCUGCUUCGCCUACUGCGAGCAUCCCCCUCAGAUCCUGGAGAGUAAAGUGGGAGAGAUCAGGAGUUCUGCCUACCGCAGCUGGUCCUACAGCUUCGGUCCUGCUUACGAUUGCUGGUUCAUCAAGGGUUCAGAGGAUGAACCCAUUGUUCUCAGUUUCUCUCAGUUCUCUGUACGAUGUAAGAACGAACGGCUCACCAUAAAAUCAUCUGCUGGUGGCGAGCCACAUGUUCUUUGCGGCUCCAAGCUGCCGCAGCCGUUGGAGUUUCCAGGAGGAAAUAUCACCCUGGUGCAUAAUUUCUAUCCUCAUCAGUUUCCUGUGUCGUUGUUUCUGCUCAGCUACUCCAGAACUGGCGAUUGCUCCGAGACGUCUUUCAGAUGCCUCGGGGGUCGGUGCAUCCCCCUCUCCUGGCGCUGUAACGGUCAGGUGGAGUGUCUCGGUGAAGGCUUUGGCACCGAUGAGCUGGGCUGUGAUGACGAAAUGGACUACAUAGACACUAAAACUGUGACGUAUCCAGACAGGACCCUUCAAAUAACCACCGAGAGAAAUGAAGUCGUAGACAAAAGCUGGAGCUCCAACAGAUCAGCCAAGGGGUACACCUUUCCUGAUCACUGGAUGCAGGAGAGAGGCCAGGACCAGGUGGAUCCAGAGCAGCCACAUACUCAGAAGAAUCUUGUUGUGACGCUGACUCCCAUCGGGUGGCCUUGUGGCGGUCUCCUUCAGACCUUUUAUGGGACCUUCUCACCUCCAGUGUCUCAGGGUCAAGGGAUGAUUUGUGUCUGGACUCUGGACCCUGAGGACUCCAGGACACUGAGGUUGGACCUGCACCAGCUUGUGUUGGGUUCUUACGAUAGACUCACCGUCUACAACCGGGAGGAAGGCAAAGGAGACAUUAUCAGAAACAUCACCAGUGCAUCCAAUUUCAAAGAAAUCAAAGUUGAGUCCCAUACCGGUCUAAUGUCACUGGUGUAUGAGGUACAGCUUAACUCCUUUGGCACCGGUUUUAAGGCUACCUUCCACGUGGGGAGCUAUUGCCCCCCGUGGGAGGGUCAGUGUGGGGGAGCAGCCGGUGGGUGUUUCACCAAAGAGCAGCGCUGCGACGGGAAAUGGGACUGUCCUGAGACUGGGAAAGACGAGCAGGGUUGCAGGGGCUGCAGUCAGAACCAGUUUGCAUGUGGGUUGUCGGGACAGAGGUCGGUGGCGUUCAGCCACUAUGCCAGCAGGCCGGUGUGUUACCCCGUGACGGAGCGAUGCAACUACCAGCAGUACUGCGAUGACAAGAGCGACGAGAAGGACUGCAGCGUCUGUCAGCCGGGAACCUUUCUUUGUGACAGUGGCAGUUGCAUUUAUGAGAGCUGGCGCUGUGACGGCCAGAUGGACUGUAAAGACGGCACGGACGAGCUCAGCUGCACAGUCAUGCUGCCCCGCAAGGUCAUCACCGCGGCGACGGUGGGCAGCCUCAUCUGUGGACUGCUGCUGGUCAUCGCCAUGGGCUGCACGUGUAAACUGUACUCGCUCAGGACCAGGGAGUACAGCAUGUUUGCUCCGAUUAGCCGUCAGGAAGCCCAGCUGAUCCAGCAACAGGCUCCUCCAUCCUACGGUCAGCUGAUUGCCCAGGGCAUCAUCCCCCCUGUGGAGGAUUUCCCCACAGGAAGCCCCAAUGAGACGUCGACUCUUUCUCUGAGAGGAAUCCUUCAGCUCCUUCGUCAGGACGCACAAAACUCCCCGCACCGCAGACGCCGGCCCCGAUUCGUCCGCCGUGCCGUCCGUCGCAUGAGGAGGUGGGGCCUCAUCCCCAGAACGUCCUCCAGGCCGAGCCAGACCUCCAGCUCCUCCCAGCAGCAGUCUAACUCCGGUCCGCCCGGCCAGGAACCGGCGCAGUCCUCCCCUGACGGGUCCUCCUCCUCGGCGGCGGCGGUGCAGGCGGUCAGUCAACCGGUGCCUCAGAAACUCGGCAUACUGGUUCAGACGGAGCAGCAGCAAGAAGCACCGCCUCCUCUGCUGCCGCUGCUACCGCCGCCCGCCUCCUCAACGCCCCCUCCUCCGUAUGCCCCUCCAGCUCCUCCCCCGGACGCUCCCCACACCCCUCCUGUUGCCGUCGCUCCAAGCAGCCCCUCCCUGUCCUCCAUCUUCCAAACUCUAGGCCUGAGUCUCUCCCUCUUCAGAGCCUCAUCCUCCUCCACCACUAACUCCAUGGCUCUCUCCGCCUCCUCUUCUUUCUCCUCUUCAGACGACGAGGUGCUGCUUAUCCCGCUGUCUGAAGACACCGCCUCAGAGGACGAUGUGCCCAUGCUCACCUGAACGCCGUCCUCCCUCAGUACACUUCCGUAUUAUUUUCUUGUUUUCUCCUCUCCGUCUUUGUGCUGGGACCUGAGCACAGGACUCCCUCUCUCUGCGAGUCUGGUGCCUUUUCAAGUCGCUUUCACCAAUUCGCUCACAUUUGGAACCACCUAUUGCCCGACUUGUACAUUAAAAUCUCUAAAAGCAACUUUACGUUGAGACAAAAGUUUUCGGGGACGUGCAUUUAAUUAACACUGGCCUGCGCAGAGACGCUAAAUGUUUGCACAGAAGGACGUUCCCCAUCCCAACCCUGAGGCAGGCGACUGUCACACUGAAAC